AUGAGCUACGUCACAGAACCAAGAAGGCCAUCGAUGGUUGACCGCCGCCCCUCAAUGGCGGAAAGAAGACCGUCGAUGGCCAACGGAAGAAAGCCAUCGGUAAUUCCGCAACUAGCGGGAAUAGAGAAACCGAUAAGCCCACAGACCCCGGAGACCUGCGAUGUGUUGAUAUGUGGAACCGGUUUAGUGGAGAGUAUCCUGGCAGCCGCAUUGGCAUGGCAGGGCUCGAACGUGUUGCACGUUGACUCAAACCCGUAUUAUGGUGAUACUUGUGCGACGCUUACUAUUGACCAGCUGAAGGACUGGGUCCACAGUGUUAACCAGCACACCCCGGGAUUCCAGGGCUUUUCCAAGGCACUUCUUUACAUCCCCAGGCCUCAGGACCUCGUUUCCAGAGAUUACGGUAUAGACCUUACUCCACGGGUUGUUUUCGCACGCUCAGACCUCAUGUCGUUGUUGACCAAGUCAAGAGUUCACAUGUACUUGGAGUUCCAGUCUCUGUCGAACUUCCACACUUUCGAGAAUGACUCGUUCGGCAAACUGCAAACCUCCAAAGAAGACAUCUUCACGGACCAGUCUUUGUCACUGGCCACCAAGCGCCAUCUGAUGAAGUUCCUGAAGUUCAUCUUUGAGUAUGACUCGUUGGACAACCUGGCGUUGGUUGAGUCUUACAAAGACAAAUCCAUCCAGGAUUUCCUGCAGGACAGAUUCAAGCUGGAUGGCCCCCAAAUCAACGAGUUGGUAUACUCGCUGGGAUUGUCUGCCUCUCCUGAUAUUUCAAUUCCUGAAGGAUUGUCGAGAAUAAGACGCUAUCUCGUUUCGUUCAAUGUCUUGGGCCAGUUCCCUGUUCUGUUCUCCAAGUACGGUGGCCCGGGUGAAGUUUCCCAGGGCUUCUGUAGAUCUGCUGCGGUUGCUGGAUCGACGUACAAGCUCAACUGUGCUCUCCAGUCGUUUGACCCCAAGACGAAACUGGCAAAAUUUUCUGAUGGGACAAGUGCCCAUGUCACCGAGAAGGUUGUGUGCUCUCCAUCGCAGGCACCCCCACAUGCCUCAUACGUCCCUGAGAUGAAGUACGAGAUCACCAGAUUGAUCACCGUGGUGAAAAAGUCUUGCAGAGAAUGGAUGGCAGAAAAUGAGACCGCUGCGAUUGUGGUAUUUCCAACGGCGUCGUUGUCCACGAACAACAAGUACCCUGUCCAAGUGUUGAUCAUGGGGGCAGGUACCGGUACCUGUCCGGUCAACCAAUGUGUAUGGUAUCUUUCUACGAUCCAGAAGGGUGAAGUUGCCAGAAAAGACUUGGAGGCAGCCCUGCUCAAGCUGGAAGACAGCAUACUCAGAGAGUCAGAAGACGGCUUUGACGUUUCGCUAGACCCAGAAGACAUUAUUGUGAAGCCGGAUGGAGCCACCGUCAUCAAUUCGGUCAAACUGGGCAAGUCAUUCAAGGAUUUCGUUCCAAAGGAGAAAUUGCAGUACCUGUUCAAAUUGUGCUUCACUCAACACACCGCUGUGCCUCCAUUUGGCGUUGUUUCCUCGUCUCUGUUCGACACGAGUGCUGAAAAACCAACCACAGAUGGCUCCGGAGUGAUUCCAGACUCCACAGUCAUAUACUCGAAUAUGCCAUCCACUGAAAUUUCAUACGAUGGAGUUGUUACCGAGGCCAAAUUGUUAUACGAGAAGAUCGUCGGUUCUGACGAUGAUUUCUUUGACGUUGACUUUGAAAACGAGGACGAGGAUAACGACACCUUGACGGAUGUAGCUGCUGGCGACGAAGAUGCCAUAAUUGACGACGAUGAAGAAGAGCACAGCAAGGCAUUCAAGGAUGAGAUGGACUUUGAUCUUUAG